CUCGAUCUGCUCUUUUACUCUCUCGUUCCCUGUGUCUCUCAUUUCUCUCUGCUCUCCACUUCCUCUCCACCUCUUGCUGUUUGUUCGUCUCCUAACCGUCCGGUGAAGGGCUGAUGGCAUCGGACGAAACUCUAGCCGCCGAACGGCUCUCCAGCGCUCAGAUCCGACUCUGGAGACGAGAAAUGUGGGUAACUGAACGCUUCUUUCGCUUUUCUAAUUUUUUGACGCUUUUUAGCCCCAAUUCCGCGCCGUUGGGUGGUGGAUCGUGGCUCCUGGCUUAUGACUUGUAGUGUUAUUGGGACUUUGAAGAACAUUGUCUAAAUGUAGAGAAAUGAAGUAGAAGUAGCAUUGCCAUGGGACAAGUGUAGGUUUUUGAUCUGAUGCUGAAUUGCAACCAGGCAUUUUGAGCUAAUUGUUUUGAGGAGGUUGGGUGCCACAUGACGUUGUCAUUCACUCCAGUACAGAAUGUAUGCAGAAGGGGCGAACAAGGGUUUCUAAGUGCAAUGUUGGUAAUAUCAGAUCAAAUGAUGGUGGUAUUAUUGUUGCUAGAUAUCUUGGUAAUGAAAGUUAGAAGCUGGUUUAGGCACGUUUCUGUUUUGGUGAUUUCCUUUCUCCACUCGUCCUUAUAUACAGGUGCCAAAGUUGGUGGUCCUGCUUGUGAAGCUCUAUAAAAAUGUAAUUCUAUUUGUAUUUCAGUCACUAAAUCAUUUUAAGUAAUUUGAGGCUUUUAAUUAGAUUUUUAAGAUUUUUAUUUGGGGUUUGUAAAUGGGCUUUAUUAAUUUUUG